GCAGCAGUCAGUAGCAUUCAAAGCGCUGUGAGGCUCGCACGCCGCGUCAAGUGUAUGCGCAACCGGCAACAAGUGAAAGUCGUACGCGCAGAUUCCGCGAUUUCGUGUUCCGACAUCUUCGUCUAGUUAUUUUGUUAAGUUCGUUGCGCCAGUGCAGCGGGGAAAGGAGGUCGGUACGUGGCCGCAACCUGUAACACCUCGUGUUUUGUGUUUGUGACAUUUGGAUACGUUUUUAAAAAUUAUUACGCGCAUUCCUGUGGUUUAUUAAUUAGAACUUAGUUUGAAAUUGUAACCAAGGAAAAUGUUUUUCAUAAAUGGCUAAUUUCCGUAUUGCAUAAAGUUCAGUAUUAGUGACUAGUGAGUACCAGUGUGACAUCGAAAAUGAGUGGUAGUGAGCCUACAUUAACCGAGUCGCCGGUUCCUCUGGCGUUGGCUCGACUGCAGGGCCGGCCGAAUCGAUUGCCUCGCGGUUUGCGCACACAUCGGCCCAGUUUGCCCCUAGCUAGCUUGCAAGAGGCAGUCGAUGAAACUCCGAGACGCUUCAGCGAUGAACCUUUCAAUCCUGAUACAGACGACGAUGAAGCUUUUGUCGAACCAGUUAUUCUAAAUAACCCAUCACCAUCCGUGUCAAAUGGGCGCAGAGCUUCGGAUGCAACGUUCGCUGAGAGAUAUAGAAAACUCACCGAAUUCGAUGGGGCCCCCUCACCGGACAUGCCGCGCCGUGCCUCCCUGGCCGUGCCCGUUGGAACUGACGGCUACGGACCCAGUGAAAAAGGUCGUAGGCGGUCUUGGGCAGCACGAUUGCAACUCGAACGUAAAAAGAGACGAAAAUCAGGCGGUAACGAUACUGAUGAAGAAGGCGAGCCAUCAAUUUACAUACGGCAAAAGCGCCCCUCUUGGUGGAAUGUAUUUGUUCCAGACAACAUGUUAAAGAACAGGUCUAGAAGAGCUUCCCAGCAGUUAUCCAGAAGCGCCGAAAGCAUCGACCAAUCAUACAAAAGGUCGAAGAGUCGUUCAGUGGACCAUGGCUUUGCGCCACCCUUUGACCUGGAGUCACUACGGUCGAAGGUCGAGGGAAGAUUUGAUGCUGUACAAAAAGAAGAGGAUGAGCAAGCCAAGCGGUUGCCUCCGCCGCCCCCGAUGAAAACUGUGACGUACACGGUCCGAGAUCGCGACACGCUGACGUCACUGGCUGCUCGCUUCGACACCACGCCCUCGGAGCUGACCAAGCUGAACCGUCUCGCGACGCAGUUCAUAUUCCCCGGCCAGACCCUGCUCGUGCCGGAUAAGAGGAAAGAUGGCGACAAGGAGUCCGAUGGACCGUCUGAGAGCGGAGAUAACACGUCGGAAUCCACUCAAGGGGCUCCCAGUGAACCCACACAAGAAAAAGAAAUAUUGGAUAGUCUGAGGCCCGGAUCGCCUGAAGCGCCUGCGAGCAAUGCGCCGCAGCGAUUCCUAAAGAUCAAUGUUCGGCACAUUACUGAUGGACAGGGCGUUGUCUCCGGCGUGCUGCUAGUCACACCGAAUGCAGUGAUGUUCGACCCGAACGUAUCGGACACGCUGGUGAUGGAGCAUGGGCCAGAGUCGUACGGUGUGAUUGCGCCCAUGGAAUACGUCGUCAAUGCGGCCAUUUUCUACGACAUCGCGCACAUGCGCACACAUGGACCAGACCACAACGCGCACAAAGCGGAGCAAGCUGAAAUAUAUUACAUGAGUAAAGCUGAUCAUUCCCCAGGCAAAGACUCGCUUCUAGUCAAAGAUGAGACAUUCCCCGAGCUGCAGGCGGCUAGCGGGGAGGGCGAGGGCGGGGAGGAGCGGCCCGCGUCCACGGAAGAGGAGCGCGGGGGAGCCGCCUUCCCCAAGGCGUUCGAGCGGGACCUAGUCACGCCUACCGCUUUGCAGCAACAGACUACUGAAGAAAGGCGGAAAUCCCUGUUGGAUCAACACUGGGCCAUUCCAAGCAAGGACAGAAUGUCAAUUGACCAAGGAAGUGAGGUAUCGUCAAGCGCAGAUCACGGCAAGGAGGAAAGCCUCGAAGUGUCUAUGGCGGAGGGCGGCGAGUGCGUGGAGGGCGCGGAGGGAUCGGACGCGGAACGUGCGCCCUCCGCCGCUGAAGGGGAAGACGCCGCGCAUCUCGUCAAACUGUCAUACCACGACUCGGGGAUUGACAUACGCGAUCCUAUGCUGCACGUCGCGCCUAACACGUCGAAGAAGGUAUACAGCGACGCAGACAUAGUGCUAUCAGCGGAAUGGGUCCCACCCGUGUGCCUCCCGCGUGGCGAACCGCCGCUCUCAGCGCCACCGCUUGGGGAAAACGAACGGGCGCAACGCAAACCAGCUGCCGUGUCGUUCUCGCUCGAUGGCACCCAGAAGGACGAUCCUACUAAACCAGAUAAGAAGAAUAAGAUGCUUAAACGUCUUUCGUAUCCACUAUCAUGGGUGGAGGGUCUGACCGGUGAAGGACAAGCGACUGGACAGACGUCACAGAGUGACUCUUUACCUACUUCAGCCGAUAGCCAGCAUUCUACGAGCGUCUUCUCCAAAGUGUUUAAUAGCUCGCCAAUGAACCUAGUCGAGUUCGGUACUGGUUUGUUCCUGAGUAAGACUCCGUCGGAGGAGAUGCCGCACGAGACUCUAUCGGGGCGCAGCUCACUGGGCGGUUUCGGGCGUUCUCACACAAAGUCUACGAGCAGCGUGCCUCAGCCAAAACUCGACUACAGGAGUAUGGUGUCCGUGGACGACAUGCCAGACCUGUUCGCAUCUUUUGAUAAACUGAUCCCGCGGCCGGCGCGCGCGUCGGACGACCCGCCGCUGUACCUGCGGCUGCGCAUGGGCAAGCCGGCGGGCCGCCCGCUGCCGCGCUCCACGCAGCUCAUGUCGUACGGCCGCAAGCGCAUGAAGCCCGAGUACUGGUUCGGCGUGCCGAGGAAUAGGGUGGACGAUCUAUUCAAGUUCCUCACACACUGGGUGCCCGACCGGUACGGGCCGCUCGGCGACGUGGCUGCGCGCGGCUACGAGCUCAUCGAUAGCGACACUGAGUGGGACGACGAUGAAGUGAAGCCGGGCCAAAAGGAACGCGCCGGCAGCACUGGAGAUGUAUCUGACCUUACGAGAGAGUCGUGGGAGCUGCUGAAGGCGCCCUACGUGAAAAUAUAUUCGAUAAUGAAGAGUCAAGCCGAAGCGCUGGGCGAUUCGCUCGGAGAGGAGCCUCAGCCCGAGGUGCUGUCCAUGAGCGAUGAGCUGCGACGAGCGCUUUACUCGUCUGGCGCCUCCGUCGACAUGGAGUUCUCGCCCCCCGACCUCAUCGGCACCUCCGAGAUCUUCACUAUGGAACACAGGGAGAAGCUAUGCAGCGUGCUACCGGCCCGCGCGCAGGGCUACAUGUGGUCGCUCGCGUUCAGCACGAGCCAGCACGGCUUCUCGCUCGCGUCCAUGUACCGCAAGAUGCAGCGCGUCGACAGCCCCGUGCUGCUCGUCAUACAGGACACUGAUAAUAACGUAUUUGGCGCGCUAACGUCAUGUGCCCUGCGUCCCUCUGAGCACUUCUACGGGACGGGCGAAUCCCUGCUGUUCGCGUUCCAGCGGGCGGACGAGCCGCGGCCGCGUGCGCUCUCUGAUAAAGGGGACGAAAUCAAGGACAAGGAAGAUGACGUCACGGAGAAGAAGGACGAGGACAAGGUCGAAAAAGAAGAACCAGAAUUCAAAACGAAAUUCAAAUACUGGGGCUGGACCGGAGACAACAUGUACUUCAUCAGGGGGAGUAACGACAACAUAUCUAUUGGCGCUGGAGACGGCAAGUUCGGCAUCUGGUUGGACGGCGACCUGUACCUGGGCCGCACGCAGCGCUGCACCACGUACGGCAACGAGCCGCUCAGCACGCGCGAGGACUUCAUCGUCAAGAUCAUGGAGUGCUGGACGUUCAUAUGAAGCGUCCACCUUCAUCCCGUCUUAUGAAAUUCGCUACGAGAAUUUGACACCGCAACCCGUCGACCGCGACCGGGCCGCGGCCGCGUAUCUCUAGUCAGAAGCGCUGAAGCUCGACGCUUUGAUUCUCGUGUCGCCGCUCGCCCGCACGCAGUCGCCCGUCGCCGCACGCAGUCGCCCGUCGCCGCACUGCUGACUGCGCACACUCGUGCACCAAUCCUAGUCAAUUGUCGUUCGUGUGUAAGGACGGACGCCGCCCGCGAGCUCCCCUCGUCACGUGUCAAUUCAAUUAAUAUUGUAACGUUGUUGACGUUGUAAACGUAUUUGUAAUGACAUCAAAUAAAUGUACGAUGUCCGGUAGAAAUUUAUAUUCGUAGGUGGCGCGAUGGGAAAGGCUCGACUCAUAUCAGACCAAAUUACUGUUACACUUUUGGAAACAACACAUUUAAUAUACGCUCGUUUUACGGGUUGUUGACUGAUGUUAAAUUUUAACGUUUUAAAUUAAAAUAUACAUACAUAUUUAAAAAUUUGUAGUGUCAAAUUUUUUAUUUCAUUCAUUAUUUGUUAUUUUUAUAAAACUCGAGUUUUACCUAUUGCCAUAUACGUGGCAUCUUUUAUACAAUUCAAUUGUAUGAAGUCAACAACCCUAUGACAGUACAAAGCAAAACGCAUAUCACUUGGCCGAGCUUUUCUCACGGGUCGUAGUGAAACAAAUGAUCAUUGUGUUUAGAGAGCUGUAUAUCGGUGUUACCCAGUUAAUGUUUAUAUAAUGUUCACGUUGUGUUGUCGAUGUUCGCAUUAUUUACCGUAGUACUGCAUCCGAAGGUCUCCUGGCAACCACGGAGGAAACUUGCCAAAUAAACGAACGUGACUGGUUCACUCUUUAUUAUUUAACUGCAUCUGUAUUAGAACUGGUGACACGAUCAGUAAUUAUUAGGUUUAGUUUACGUAGUAGAGGAGUAUUUGUUUUGUUUUCAUGUCUGUUUGUAUAUUAGUCAUAUUCUUAAGUUAGUGAGCAUAAUUUAUGUUAACACUUCACUGUGAUUUGAUUGAUAUGGCAUUUUAUUGUAGGUAUAAUGGAAUUAUUAUACUGUAACAUUAU